CUUUCUUAACUAACUAUUGUAAAUUUUUGUAAAUUUGUAAAUAUUAUAUACUAUUGAAGCAAAGGAAGGAAAUACAUAUAUAUAAAGGGAGAAAAAGAAAAAAAAAGACGGAGAGUACAUAUAUACAAACGAUACGGAAAAAAUGAUGCCAAGUCUAGUGAACGAUACGAGCAAACCAAGUAGCUUAAAGCAGCCUCAAGCAAGUAACGCUCCCCAAGGACAACAGCUGGCUGCUUUAUUACAACCAGAAUAUGAUUAUGGCCUUUUUAGCCAUGCAGGCGCGUCUUCCUUGUUUCCUGAUGACGAAGUUGACCGCUCCAACAGUGCUCCUCCUCUCCAAGGCUUGCAAAGACCACGUGAUUUGAGCUUGAAUAACCCUACCUCUAGUGCCGCCGCUGGUAACACGACAUAUGACCCACUUCAAGCUUGGAAGCUGUGGAAGAAUGGUAGCACAGACAAUUUCCAAACAACUCAAGCAGCAGAAAGUAGUGAUGCUAAAGGAAAAUACGUUGGGAUUAUUCAACAAGAUUUUCCUCGAACACCUUCCCCCAUGUUUGGUUUUCAACAAGGAUUACGUGAUGAAAGUGUCGACUUCGAUCCUCGCAUGUAUGGCUAUAACAGUACUAACAAUGCCCAGUUAUUACAGCAGCCCAGUGGUUCACGUAUGAGCGCCCUUCGCUCUGCUCAAUUCUCGCCUACGCGUCCCAAUUCGACUCCACCCACGAACGAUAGUCGAUCUCCUUAUGGUGCCACUACUAGUUUGGAAGAAGACAUGUUGAUAAAGCCUUUUAGUAGCCUUGGCCUUUCUGAUGAGGAUGAUUAUAUUCGCUAUAACAAUGCGCUUCGUUAUCAGCAACAACAACAGCAACAGCAGCAACAGCAAUCUCCUUAUCCUUAUUAUGAGAACAAUACGUCGUUGGUAAAUUCUGCUCUUGAUUUAGCAGGCAAUGAAGAAUACGAAUCCAUUUAUGGUAAAUGGUCUAGCGAAGACGCUGCUGCUGCCUACCACAUGCGCUCUAAACAAGGCCCUUUGACUGCACCCAUUCCUUAUGAUCCUACUGGAUUUCCUAUGGCUGACACAAACACAGAUAAGAAAUUGCGUCAAUUACAAUUGCAGCAGCAACAGAUCUUGAUCAGACAGCAGCAACAGCAACUCUUGGCUGCUCGUCAACAGUUAUUGCUUCAGCAACAGCGCGCGUUCAAUAAUUUGAGCGCUAGCAAUGUCAGUAAUAACAAUGUUGGUUCGCGUGGGUCUCGCUCUCAAGAACAAGUCUCCCGAUCAUCUUCUUCGCAAGACCUUGCUCUUAGUAUACGGUCUGUCCUGUUGGAAGAAUUCCGUAAUUCCAAGAACAAAAAGUAUGAACUCAAAGAUAUUGCCGGUCAUAUUGUCGAAUUCAGUGGUGAUCAGCAUGGAUCUCGUUUUAUUCAACAAAAACUCGAGACAGCCAAUAGUGAAGAGAAGCAAAUGGUUUUUGAAGAAGUCUUGCCUAAUGCCUUGCAACUCAUGACAGAUGUUUUUGGUAACUAUGUCUUGCAAAAGUUUUUUGAACAUGGUAAUCAAAUGCAAAAAUCUAUUUUGGCCAAGCAAAUGGAAGGUCAUGUUCUUUCACUCUCGCUUCAGAUGUAUGGUUGUCGUGUGGUUCAAAAGGCUUUGGAGCAUGUUUUGACAGAACAGCAAGCUAUUUUAGUAGGCGAGUUGGAUGGCUGUGUACUUAAAUGCAUCAAGGAUCAAAAUGGCAAUCAUGUCAUCCAAAAGGCCAUUGAGCGUGUCCCUGCUCAACAUAUUCAGUUUAUUAUUGACGCUUUCCAUGGUCAAGUUUAUAAUUUGGCAACACAUCCCUAUGGUUGUCGUGUGAUUCAGCGUAUGUUUGAGCACUGUACUGAAUCGCAAACGGGUCCUCUUUUGGAAGAAUUGCAUCGCUGUACAAAUCAACUUGUUCAGGAUCAGUAUGGUAAUUAUGUGAUUCAGCAUAUCUUGGAGAAAGGAAGACCUGAAGACAAGGCAAAGAUUGUUGAUAAGAUUUUGGGGCAAAUUCUGCCUUUGAGUAAGCACAAAUUUGCUAGUAAUGUUGUGGAGAAAUGCGUAGAUUAUGGAAGUAAACGUGACAGACAAUUGUUGAUUGAAGAAGUUAUUCAAAAUAGGUCUGAUGGAACAUAUCCUCUCAUUACCAUGAUGAAGGAUCAAUAUGCCAACUAUGUUGUUCAGAAAAUGUUGGAUGUCGUAGAUGAUGAUCAACGCGAAAUCCUUGUCGCCAAAAUUAGACCUCACUUACAAUCACUCAAGAAGUAUACCUAUGGAAAACACCUUAUCCAAAAAGUAGAAAAGUUAGGUAUUACCUAUGACUCUAACCAAGCAUUAGAAGAUGGUGAAAAGCAAGAAAACAGUAGUGACUACACUGCUUAAGAAAUGUACCUCUUACCCACAGGAGUGGGUGUAUAUAUUGUAUAAAACUCCUGUACCAUAUAUUAUUAAAAUUUUCCCCUUUUGCU